AUGCCCUCAAAGUUGCUCACCAGGAAGCCGAGUCAUUAUAUUUGUCUCCUCCGUUGUUUUCAAAAUGGCUCGCGAGACCAUGGCGCCUUUCGAAAAUCUGUCUAA